AUACGUCGAAAUGCAUGACGUCACCUAAUUCAUUCUCCACCGACCUUAAUUGAGUUGGAUUACAGCACUUUCGCCACCGCCUCCGCCGCCUCCCGCCACAGUCGCCGCCCUUUUUAUUGCCGAGUACCUUUAACCAAACAACAAAUAUUUAGUUCCAGCCGCAGCUUUCGCUUUCACAUUAAAUACCUUCGGAACAACAACACACACACCUCAACCGUUUAUAUUCCUCAACACAAAUUCAUUUGAAAGAGAGAAUUAGUCACCAUGAAUGACCCACCUCCUCCAUAUCCCGGUGCACCUGGAGCUUCCUAUCCUCUUCCUGAAAAGAGUGGCAUUCAACCAUCAGCCCCAGGAGCAUACUAUCCAGCCGCUCCUUACCCCACGGCACCUGAUAUGCAACCCCCACCCCCACAACCAAUGAUGCACCCACAAGAAUAUGGACCAGCUCCCCUUGGUGGCCAAGCUUGGAUUCCUCCUCCUCCACCUCCUCCUCAUGCCUGGGCCCCUCCUCCAGGUUAUGGGCCGAUGCCAACAGCUCCGGUGCUCCCACAGACGACCGUUGUCAUCCAGCAACACCCACAGAUUUUGCACUUUGGUGAAUCCUCCGUACAAACUCGUUGCCCCAAGUGUAACGCUGACAUCAUGACAAGUAUCCAUUAUGAAACUGGUAACCUCAGCUGGGUCAUUUGCCUCCUCCUCAGUUUCUUUGCUUGUAUUUGUGGCUGUUGCUUAAUUCCAUUCUGCAUGGAUAGUACCAAAGACAUUGUCCACACAUGUCCAAACUGUUCUCAUUUUAUCGGCCGUUAUUCACGCCUCUGAGAUACCACCAUAUAUAUAUAUAUAUAUAUAUAUUAUAUAUAUAUAUAUAUAUAUAUAUAUAUAUGUAUAUAACCAAAAGGAACAAAAGACAAAACCUGAAAUUAUUUCAAAAACUCAAGUGGUCAGUUAAAACUGACCGAUAGGUUUAAGAUAUCCUGUGACAAAUUACUGGCACUUCUUCUUUCCUCCUCCAGCUCUUCCCAUCCAGUUCUUCUUCUUCUUCAUGCUGUCGUCUCUCCAUAUUCAAUGUCUGCCUUACAUAAUUUAUAUAGACUUUCUGUUUAUUUUUUAUUUGUAACAGCCCCCCCUCUCUCUCUCUCAACAAUAGUUGGUGGGUUGGUAACAGGGAACACUUGCCCUAAAGAUCAUUCCUACAAUUACAAAACUUGACACUAAUCCUUAGCCCUAUUCACCCAGCUGUUCCCUAUGCUGCAGCCUGGGCAACUUAGCGUUACCCUACUCAAACUAAAUUAUAUACAUAAACAUUCACACUCUUUAAUACAGUAAUUAACCUCCAGUAUGGAGAUGAAUAUUUCUUAACUUACUAAUGAAUCAUACAACUAAUGAUUAUGUUAUGCAAAUGAAGGACUCUGAUCCUUUUUCCAGUUACAGUUCACAUGG